AUAACUCAUCAUCAUCAUCAUUAAUAUAAUUUUCUUUUUCUUUAACAUUUGGUUUAUAAUAUAAAGUACUUGUAGUCAUACGUGAAAGCAUUUCUUUGGAUGGCUUAAAUUUAAUGCAAUUUCAAUUGGAAAUAACAUGUUGACUAGCUAAUAAUAUUCCACGCAUUGUUGGUACAGCUAAUUUAUUUCUUAUUUUUGUUUUAGCCAAGUUAAUUUUACUGAAAGUUUUCUCACUAUCAGCAUUACAACUAAAUUAUGGUAUAUGGUAAAGUCGUUAUGGUAUAUGGUAUGGAAGAUCAAAAUAUGGUAAAAUGAUUCAGCUGUAUUUGAGUCACGCAAAAUAGAUGGUAUAUCCAUGUUUCUCAAUUCCUCAGCUGUACUGAGAGACACACUGCGACAAUUUGGAGAGUGGCUGAGUGGCAUUAAUGAUCGAUAAUGAAGAGAGCACGUUUGUCACAAAAUAGAUAGAGUCGAAUAGAAAUGAAUAAUAAUAAUAAUUUUGAUUGAUAAUAAUGUCAAUUAAUGAGAUACUUCAUUGACAAUAAGUCAAAUUACACUGAAUGAAAGGCCAAUUAUCACUGAAGAUUGACCGUGUGAAUGAUUAGAGAUAUCACCCUUAUGUAUUGAUUUGAAUAAAUAACUCUUAUUGUGUUGGCUAAUUAUGAUAACUAUCAAUCAAAACUAACCUUACUCUAUCCAGUGUAUGGUUAAUUUUCAAUUGUUUAAUAAUUCAGAGCUUAUAUAGAGUGAUUAUUGAAUUAUAAAAGUACACAAAACUUUACACCCUGGUUCAAGUACUUUUGUUUAGUCCAGAAAUAAUGAUAUAUGCAAUUUUUAAUUUGAUGCUAACUGACAAGGCAUCUUUUAAAAAAUUUUUUAUUUAUCAGCGACAUAUUUGACCUAUUGAUGAUCAUCAAAAUGCUGUCCAACUAGUACACCAAAAUGAUCAUAAACCAAUGAAUAAUAUGAUGCCACAUAUUGGGCUUAUCAUUGAUCAUCAAAAUGCUGUUCAACGAGUACAUCUAAAUGGUCAUGAACCAAUGAAUACUAUGAUGGUUUGAAAAUCCAGGAAUGCAUCAUGUCCCAGCACCACCAGUCAAUGAACCUCAUAGAAAUUUUAUUCACCAAGUCAAUGAUCGGAUCGGUGGCAAUGUCGAUCGUACAAACGAUCGGCGUUGGACUCAUUUACACGGAGAAGUAUACAUACGAACUGAUAGACUUCGUUUCCUUCGUUUAGAUUCUCCAAGAGCUAAAACUGCCAGUUCGCAGCUUAUAAAAAUGCUAGUUCCUCAAGAAGUUCUACAAACUCAUUCAGUUUCUUGUAAAAGAUCUCCAGCUCUUCCAGAUAGAGGUGCCAAACCACCCCUGGAUCCAAGAUUAAUUGAAGCUAUAUAUCAAUAUGUCAUUACUUAUGUUGAACCAGGAGCACGAAAGUCAUCCAUCACAAGUGGAAUAACAUAUGCCUGUAACAAUUCAACUAGAAAUAAUCGUAGAAUUGCUAAUAAUGGUCGACAAUAAUUUUUGUGCAAGACUUUAAAUCUUUUUUUUUU